CAUUCGCUUGAAUGAAUCUUGUUAAGUAGUUUGUCAAUAUUUUGUCCUCGCGUUAAACGAAAUGAUGAUUUCACGACAAUACCCAGUCAUUGUCGAGGGAUUGAUUAAGGCAGGAAAAUAAAUUUAUACGCCGCGAUAUGAUUUAAUGAUUUUAUUUUCCGAUGUUAGUUGUGGUUUGCGAACGGGACCAUAGUUUCGAGUGUAAACAUUCGAGGAAUUAUUGGAGAUAUGUUAUUGUAAUACUCACUAUGCUAUUGAAACUGCGUGAAAGGGAAUUACGGCAUCGUUUACAUAAUUUCAAUGCGAUACAUCUGUAUAUCUGUUGUGAAUUCAAAUGUGAACAAAAUGAGUGAGGUGUAUAACUUAUUUUCUGAUAUUAAACUCUGCGAAAACAGUUUGAUUCGUAUGUUGUUGUUUUUUACAAAGGAAUAACUGGAAUACAGUUAAUAUUCACAUAGUGUGAGGAUUAAAUGCUUACAAAAUAAUGUGAAUAAUUCGUGUUUUAUUGAUAGACUUGUCAGGGAGUUGAUAAGUUUUUUUUAGGAUUACGAGUUUGUGACUUAUAGUUUGUGAAAUAAUUGCUUCAAUAUAUACAUCAGAGAUUCACCCGUCAUAUUAUAUCCUUCGAAAGGUUAAAACUUCACAUACACUGCAUUUAUUAUCGUUCUUAAAAUGGAGGAUAGUUCAACAUGGAAACAACAACAACCAACGCAGUUCAAGUAAUCGUGAAAAGUGUUGAGUUGAGCUUCGUGAAUUACAUCCUGUUGGCCCUAAGCUGCGCAUUAGGACUCGCCUUCAUCGCCGGCAUUGUCGCAAUCGUCCUCAAAGAGAUAAGUCGCUGGAGAGACGCCAAGGCUAUGCACCUGAAGCAAAAACUCAACAUCCGCCGGAAGGGGAUCAGCGGAGGGUCAGCGGUCAGACGCGGCCAGUCGUGCGACAGCUUCUCCGCGUCGGAAAUGACGUCAUAUAUUCAGUUGACGGAGACGCCCACGUCGAUACGGUGUAGUUCGGCAUGGACGCCUAGCCCCGUGACGCGAAACAGCGGCAGUAAUUCGCCAACAUCCGGGAACUUUUCACUAUGACAUUGACAGCUGUUUGUGUUUUAUUGUAAAUAUAACAGUGGUCUUUAUAGAAUUGUAAAUAUUGUUUAAUGACGAGGCUCCUCCUUAUGAACAAGACAUGAGUCCUGUCAAGUAACAUGGAACCCAAAUUUUAAAAUGCAACCAUGGCCCAGUGUGUCUGUGUUUGUACACGCCAAAUGAUGGUUUUGACUUUAAACCUGAAAUUGUGACCUUGAAAGUGGACCUUCGGACUUGCUUCAUGUGAACUUCAUGCUUUAUCAGUGAGGUUAACACUUGUGUAAUGUAGUUUCCAAACUCUAAACAAUCAAUAAUACCAGUGCUUUCCACAGGAUUUUUGUCAGGCGCCCCGGGGCUGAUAGGGGCGGUUCGGGAGGGGUGGUCCCUCCCGACGUUGAUCUUUUUUUAAUUUAACGUGUCAAUUCACGUUCUGUGGUGCGUUAUAACUCAAAGAAAAACAGCGUCAAAAGACGUCAUUUGGUGCGCUAUGACUCUUCAAGAAAAUCCCCCAGUCAUUAAAAAAUAAAUAUAUUUUUAUAUUAUUUAUUCGCUUUAAAACUUUCCCGCACAGAUAGUAAAAUCCCGACUCGAACGAUUCCCCAAUACAUCCGUUUCAACCCGACUCUAUUACUGUAUCCUUACUACUUGUCACGUUUCUAUUUAUUACCCGAUAAUCCCGUUUAUUCCGUUUUUAUAGAUCACUUUAUGGUAAAUAUUUACGAUAAAAGCUCUCAACUAUUUCUUUAACACAAACCUUGCCAUUUUUCUAUAGUAUCAAAUACAUUUUAAGUGAC